GGGGCUGGGUGCGAAGUAUCAUGGAGGAUCAGUAGGAGAACUGUGGCCAUCCAAAAAGCUGAGCUGUGGGUCCAAGCACUGGAGUUUCUGAACAUUUGAUUGGCAUUUUUUAACGUUAACCUAGUGUUUUAUAUUUUACUAAUAAUGGAGAUGAAGAAGAGGAUCAGUUUAGAAUUGAGGAAUAGGACACCAGCGGAGGUGAGUUAUCUUGCCAUUUGUUAUCUUAAAAAUGAGGUGAUAACUAUGCGAGCCGAUAACCCAGAGAAAAGCGGACUUCUUGCGAGGCUCCACUCUGCACAUGGACAACAAGAGGAUGCGAGUCCGAUUACAAGUUUUUGUUUUGUUUUUGGGGGAUUCUGAUUAUUCGUCCUAUCACAAUAUAUGUUGGUUUCUGAACAAAAACGAACUACAAGUAUCCACAAAGCAAUUUAGAUCGCUUUGUGAUUCUAAUAGUAUUUUAUAGAUCUGCAACACUGUCUUUGCUAUCAUCCUCCUUGUCUUGCGCCCGGCCAGAGAUCCAUUGAACGUUCAAGGUGGCGGAGCGGGCAUAAUUAUGAAGAACACAUUCCGCUCGGAUUAUGCUAUUGUUGUGAGAGUAAUACCAUUUUGAAAAGCCAAUAACAUCGCAAUAAGGCUCUGCUGACGUCGUGUUGACUCCUGUAGUAUAGCAGGCUAAUCCAAAUACAGAGAAUUCACGACUGAUGUGGAUAUGUGAAAUAACUUUUGAGACGCGAUUAAUUGGUUUGUCUUGAAAGUUCCCUGAUGUUAUUCGAUAUGAAUGCCGAUGCAGAUAACUAUUUAAGUCGAAUGUAAAAACGCAAGCUUUCCAUGCGUAACGAGCAUUUUGACCGGUCUUACCAGGUUAACCAAAUGGCACAAGGAGCUGGUUGGUUUCUCUGAGCGGACAUUUUACUAAUCGAAUGGGUUUAGCUAAUACCCAUUUCUUUUACCAUAGUAUUUUUUUUAAAGUCCACGGAUUUAAACAUCAAUACUUCGAUUUUAUAUUAACAGCGCCUGCAAUAAUGUAUACGCAAUUUAAAACCAGCACGCACGCGAGUUGACCGUUGUCGGAGCGAGACGCGCAGGCACUGACUACGGUGGCGUCAGUGUAGCAUUUUUUUUUUGUACAGUGCAGGCUUUUGAGCCCUGUUUAUGAAGUGCGGGGAGUGGAAGUCAUUUUGUUGCAGCUAUACACGAGCCCAUUUUGACGGCGAUAACCGGUUUAACGCGAUUUAGACACACGCAAAUGAAUAAAUUAUGCGUAUUAUAUAGUAGGCCUAAAUCAAAAUGUAGAAAGUCUACUUCCAAAUGAAUUUCCUAUAGACUGUACGACUCACCCAGCCGGCCAUUUAAAUAGUCUACUGUACUCUCAUCUGAAAGCAAGUUGUCUUUCGCCUCCAUGAUAUAGUGAUUAUGUAACAACAGGCAUUUUCAUAUGUAUGAUUAAGGAUGACGUCUUUGUAAAAUGUGUAUGUGUAGAUAUACACAUUAAAGGGUAGCAGAGUUUUUGGUCCUGCUCUGCGUUUUACGAAUUUAAGUAAUAUAGCAGAUGGUGUGCGGGGCUCAGACCUACUCCCCUAUUUAGUAGAUUAGGCUACAUUAAACCCCCCAACCCUCAGAGAUGGCGCUUGUCUGAGGAUUGACAAAACCCAUUCAUUCAUGCCACUGACUCUAGCCUUCAUUCGGCAAAUCUAUUUCUCUUACCAUUUCUAUAGUUACAUAACUCAGCUGUGCAUUCGGCAGUGAAGUCUAUUGUGUAGGUGCUUCUGUAUAGGAUGUAGGCUACAUCUCAACUGAUGUUUCUCACUCGACGACAAUAUCGAGAUGAUGCGCACAGAACUGUUCGUUCACAAUCGAUAGGUAUUAAGUGAAGAUAAAACCAGUCUAAGACUGUGACAAUGCCAUCUCUGGUUUUGAGGAGCGUAUUAUUUAUAUAUUAGUGGUACGAUUAUAUACACAUUGAAUACACAUUUUGUUGAUAAGAAAUAACAUUGUUAAAACACUUUGCCAUAUAUAACUUGGGACAAGGGUUGGGGUCAAUUCAUUUAAAUUCCAGUCAAUUCAGAAAGUAAACCAAAUUCCAAUUCCAAAUGUUCCACAUUGAAAAGCAUUGAAGGGAAUUGGAAUUUCAGUGUACUUACUGAAGUGACCACAACCCUGCUUGGUACAAGUGCAGUGCUAUUUUGUGCAACACCAGAAUGACUACCCUGAGGAGUGCCUAUAGACAAAAAGGGUAGCAUCAUGCUUGGAAUUAUUCAAGGUUUCUUGAAUACAGCUCACAUGUAGGCUAUACAAGUGUAAGUCAACUGGAGUCAAUUUCCCUGAUGCCAAUAUUAAAUGUAACACUUCAACUUACUUAGCCAUUCCUCAUAACCAUCACUCUCCAAGGCCCCUGUGCUGCCAAGUAUAGAAAAAAUUUAUAGACUACCACAACUACAUACUAUGCUUGGGUGUGGGAGAAAAAAAGAAUGUUGAUUACACAUAAUCUCAAGGCCUUGUAGCAGCAGAGCUUUGCACCAUAAGAGGGUGCUGAAGCAAACAUGCUUUUGAGAAUGCAUUUUCAGUGGAAGACCCUGUCUACCACGUGUAAAACUUUAAAGAAAUAUAAGAAAGGCUUUACAGAGGUUGUUUGUAUUUUUCGUUUGUAUCAUUACUUAAUUUGAAUCAGAAUAUAAAUCACAAUGAUACUGCUGCAAAUUUGAGGCAAUAGAGGACUGUAAAAAUGUGACCCUCGGCCCUGAAGGCUAGCAAGCUACAAACUGAAUCAAAAGCCAAGAUGACUUGUAGUUGUAACAUGUUAUUAUCAAUAAUCUGUUAUUAGUCACUAUUGUAUUAUUUUGUAUUUGGUACUGAAGUCAAUGAGAAGGGUGUAAUUUUGAUAUUUGCCACAAGAGGUCGCUAGUCGCAAGCAGCACACACCAUAGCAAAGAUUAUGGAUAUACUGAAAAGAUACGUCUCGCCGCCCUAACAAUGAUGGUCGUUGUCCAUGGCGGGCUGUCCUUUCUUUGGAUUGGUGGAUACAUCUCAUUAUUGUAAUCUUUUUUUGAAUAGAAUAGAAUUUUGAAUAGAAUUUUAGGAAAUAAGCUUUAAACCUGCAAAAUUCUCUCCAGCAACUAGGGGUGUGAGCAGUUGUCAUGAACAGUGCUUGUGCCCAUAGAAAUAGAUGUUCCCCAAUGCUGGAAGGGGGGCCCCAAGUAAGAGAUAAUGAACCCCUGGAUUACACAAUGCACAAUAACACAGGGCCAAUAACAGAGCAACUGUAAAGUAAGAGAACUACACAAUCUUGCAAUCAAUCCUAUUUUCCGUACAACUGGACAACUGGUCACCUUGUUUUUGUUUCAGUUAGGAGCGGAGGGCUUCCAUGAGAGGGUGUUGCUGUGUGCAAUUUGCCUCGUUGAAUUCCAGCUUUGACAGUCGUGAAAGGUGCCCAUCAGGUGGUGUAGGAAAUAGGCUAUUAAUAACAAAGGUGACCACACUCCCGCUCCUCUGCAGUAAAAGCGUCCCACAUAGUUGCAUUGUUCCUCUCCCUCAGAACAAGAAGUAGGCCUAAGUAGAAGUGAGGCGAGAGUCUGCAUUUUUGGAAGAUGAUUAACUAUGACGCUGGAGGACUUGGUCCUUCCGCAAGAGAGUAUCUUCUUGUUAGCACAGUCUGGGAUAGCAUAUCUGAGAUGGUGUAAAAUGCCAAGAUAUACUUGUCCUAUCUCGACUGCAAUAACAAUAUUUUUUUGUUAUCAGUCUCUAAAAGAUGCAGUCCGGGAUCUUAAGCACAACAAAUUUGUAACAUCUUGUACAAAUUGGAUUCAUAACAUAUCAUACGAAUUGCACGCACAUAAACAAUUUUGCAGGAUGUAACGUAUCAUACGAAAUGGACAAACGUAGUACACAAUUGGAUGAAAUAGUACACAAAAAAACAGGGACUUAUCUUACGAAUACACAUUUUGGAAUUAUCUUAAAACAAAAUAUUAAUUUUUCACUGAAGAGACUGUGGCACUUGAUGUUUCAUGCCUGUCAAUGUCACAGUGAUCACGACUUCUAGCGACAAUGAAAAGUAGCUAGCUAGCUGAACAAGGAUGAGAGACAAGCUGUCUGUCAGUCUAGUAGCCCUUCUGGCUGUCAGUUAUCCUGCCUACAGCAUUCACGCAGGAGUGUGCAUUAUUGGCUUACCCUACAUUCACAUUACAAAAUCUUUACCAAUUACUUGUUCUUACCAAUUACAUUCCGGGACUGAGUCUCCCUGCCAAUUAAUAAAAAUAAAAAACAUUUUAGUAAUUUUGCAGACUGUGUUAUCCAGAGCAACUUACAGGAGCAAUUAGGGUUAAGUGCCUUGCUCAAGGGCACAUCGACAGAUUUUUCACCUAGUCGGCUCGGGGAUUCAAACCAGCAACUGUUUGGUUACUAGCCCAACGCUCUAACUGCUAGGCUACCUGCGGUUUUGCUACCUGAUACAGUAUCAGCAGUAAAACUGAAAUAUCCCACAAUGUGGGAGGGUUGGCAACCCUAGCUGCAGGCCUAACGCAUUAUACAGUAGCAUGGGUAAAAACCCCAGAGUUGGUCUGGGAUCAUUUUAGCCAGCAGAUUCCUGUGUAGAUUAAGACACCGCAGAGCCGGUGCGAGAUAUGGCUCGGAAAACGUACUUCAAUCCAGGGAUGAGAAAUGUGUUGUACUCCGAAUUGUCCCAUUAUCCCAACCGUUACACCGAGAAGAUUGAACGACUUAGUUUCUCUAGAAAACUGUCAUUUUCGUCCUCAUGCUAUGUAGCAGAAGCCACAGCAGCCAUUAUGGGAUGGCAAUGUCAGCCAAUCAGCUCCUUUAUUGUUCAAUGCGAUUUGCCAUUCCUUAAUGGCUGCUGUGGCUACUGCUAGCUAGUAUGUGGACAAAAACGGCAGUUUACUUAAACUGUAACAGUUGGGAUAAUGGGAAAAUUUGGAGUACAACGCAUUUCUCAUCCCUGGAUUGAGGUACAUUUUCUGAGCCAUAUUUCGCGUCGGCUCAAAGUGUCUUAAACUACACAGGAAGCCUGUCCGACCCUAGUGCAGCUGAAAGCCGGAUCUGCUGGCUAGGAUAUUUAUUCAGUUUUGCUAACUCCUUGUUUGGCUUGACAAUGAGUGACAAGCAGGAGUUUGCAAGACAGCACAGAUCUAGGAUCAGGUUAGGCUAGGUCUGGAGGUUUUCAAGUUUCCACACACUCCAUCAUCAACGACAACAUCAAACAAAUACAAAAUACAGUAUCAGCAGUAAAACCAAAAUAUCCCACACAUGCUGAUAUAAAAAUAGUAGCUAGUACAGAUAUUAAAAACCAUUGUGCAAUGGAAAACUAGGAAAUGUGGAAUAUUUAAUUUUUUUUGCUACCCAGCUAGCUAGACACCUUGUUAGCGAGCUAGCGCGUUUGCUAACCUGUCAUUAACAAACGUUGAGCUGCUAGACGAUAACUAGGGCUUGCUAUGUGUUAGCACCAAUAAUGUAUAUAAACCCUGAAUUGUUGAUGCUAUGUAUUGGACAUUGCGAGGCUUUGAAGUCACCGGUCGGCCAUAUUGGCACUCCCCAGUAGGAGCAGUCCUCCAUAGGAAUGAAUGUAAUUCUACAGUAUUUCAAUUAAAUGUUUCAAGGACAUUGCAUGUAUUUUCGUUUUAGUGGGGACAGUAACAUUAAUACAAAAAAACAAUUAUUUAUAUAUAUACACUUUAAGAAAAAAAUAUAUACUUAACAAAAAUAUAAACGCAACAUCUAAAGUGUUGGUCCCCUGUUUCAUGAGCUGAAAUAAAAGAUCCCAGAAAUGUUCCAUAUGCACAACAAGCUUAUUUCUCUAAAAUUGUGUACAAAUUUGUUUACAUCCCUUGUUAGUGAGCAUUUCUCAUUUGCCAAGAUAAUCCAUCCACCAGACAGGUGUGGCAUAUCAAGAAGCUGAUUAAACAGUAUGAUUAUUACACAGGUGCACCUUGUGCUGGGGACAAUAAAAGGCCACUCUAAAAUGUGUCGUUUUGUCACGCAACACAAUGCCACAGAUUACUCAAGUUUUGAGGGCACAUGCAAUUGGCAUGCUGACUGCAGGAAUGUCCACCAGAGCUGUUGCCAGAGAAUGUAAUAUUCAUUUCUCUACCAUAAGCUGCCUCCAACGUCAUUUUAGAGAAUUUGGCAGUAUGUCCAACUGGCUUCACAACCGCAGACCACGUGUAACCACGCCAGCCCAGGGCCUCCACAUCCGGCUUCUUCACCUGCGGGAUCGUCUGAGAGCAGCCACCCUGACAGCUGAUGAAACUGUGGGUUUGCACAACCGACUUCAGUGGGAAAAUGCUCACUUUCGAUGGCCACUGGCACGAAGUGUGCUUUUCACGGAUUAAUCCCGGUUUCAACUGUACCGGGCAGAGGGUAGACAGCGUCGUGUAUGGCAUCGUGUGGGUGAGCGGUUUGCUGAUGUCAACGUUGUGAACAGAGUGCCCCAUGGUGGCGGUUGGGUUAUGGCAGUGCUUCUCAAUUAUUUUCUGUUACGCCCCCCCUAGGAAGAAGUAAACAUUUCGCGCCCCCCAACUCUCCGUCGCAACUGUAAAUAGUAUAAUUUGUCUAUAAAAUUGUUAAGUACACCUCUGCAUAACAUUGUAUCCUUAUUAACAUUAAAGAAAAAAAGAAAAAGAAAAAUAUAGAUCAACUUACAACAAAGAAUAACUUUAUUAACAUUUGUUUUUUAGUCUGUAACAGAAAAUACUAAAAGUGCAUAAAUUUGCCUGAAAUUUUUUAAAAAAUUCAAACCUUAUUUAAACUGUAAACAUUUUUUGACCAUUUGAUACUGAAAAAUAAAAUUUUAUAUAAUCAAUAAAUAAUAAUACAUUCAAAUUGAUCAGCAACAUUAACUCAGGAGCACAAUAUAUGAAACACUUUGACCUAUAAAACAAAAAUGAAUAAAACAAUUUGUGCUGAUUUAUUAUUAUUUUUUAAAUCAAAAUGAGGAAGUCAGGAUUAAUGGCUACAAUGAGCACGUUUUGCAGUGCACAGCUUUUCGAAGCGGGGUUUGAAGCAUGAUACUGCAAUUCUCAGCUCCUGCUCAAUGUUUAGCUGGGACCUGUACUUGGUCUUCAGUGCAGCAACAGCAGAGAAGCCAGUCUCACAAAGAUAAGAUGUUGCAAAAGGAAGAAGAAUGCCCAUGGCCCUCUGCCCUAUGAGUGGAUACUGCCUCUCUACACUCAGCCAGAAUUCACUCAGUGUCUGUGAUGUGAACCUCAGUCUCAAUGUGGAGUCAGACGUCAUAUCAAUGAACUGGUCCUCCUCUGCAGAGCUGAAACCAGUUGGAGCUGGUGCAUUGAAAGGAUCUCUCACCCAGUCAUAUUGGGAACUGUUUUCUGGGAAGUACUUUUUAAAGAAUGCCAUCAGUGAUGAAAUAUGCUCCUUAAUAUAUGGAAUCACGGAGGUGGCAUCAUAGUCAGUAGUGUCAACAAAUUCAUGCAGGUUCUCGAAUGAAUCAGUAUUUCCUUCAUCAAGUCGCCUGCCCCACAUUGCAAGCUUUCGAGUGAAAGAGCUGAUCGUUUCUGUGACCUGAGGGAGGUGUUUAUCUUUCCCUUGAAGCUGUAGAUUUAGUUCAUUUAGCUUUCCAAAUAUGUCACUCAUGUAGGCCAGUUUUGCCAGGAAGUUCUCAUCACAAAAUUUUUCUGCGAGGUCAUACUUGUGCUCCUGCUCCGAAAACAUUCUUAUCUGCUCUCUGAGCUCAAAAACUCGGGACAAGACUUUUCCUCGUGACAGCCACCUUGCUUCACUGUGAAACAGCACAGCUUGAUGUUCAGCUCUCAUCUCCUCACAGAUAGCAGAGAAGACUCUUGUUUUUAGUGGUCUGGUCUUUAUAAAAUUGACUACACCUACAAUGUCAGUCAUAACCUCACUUAAUUCAGAGAAAAGGUGCCUUGAUGCCAGUGCUUCUCUGUAUAUAACACAGUGUGUCCACUCAGCAUUAAGUGAGGCCUUCUUGAUGAGUGCCCGAAGUCCUUUUCUCAUCCAUGCCAUGGUCUUUGCACCAUCACUGCAAACACCAAUGCAGUUCUCCCACUUUAGCCCAUUCUCAGUCAGGAAGCAGUCCAGCAUUUUGAAUAGCUCUUCAGCUGUGGCUCUGUCUCUGACAUAUUUACGAAAAAGUAGAUCCUCACACAGGGAGUUUGUCAUGUCAAAACGUACAUAAGCGAUAAACAAACAGUCUUUGUUGCUGUCAGUUGCUUCAUCGAACUGUAAGGCAAAACGUUUGUCUUUGAGUUUAUCUACCAGCUGUUCUUUAAGAUUGUUAGCAAUGUCAUUUAUACGUCUGGCGACAGUGUCAUUGGACAGAGGGAUAUGAUGCUAACAGUGCUCGCUGGUUUACUGAAGUAGCAUUCACAAAGCGGGACGAUUGUUUGCAAUUUUCGGCACGUUUUCGCUGAACUCAAGCGGCUUAUCAGCGUGAUUGGGGUGUAAUGUCUUUAAGUGACGCCUUAAUUUAUUUGGCUUCAUUCUUUCCGCUGCCAACAUUUUUAGACACAGUAAACAUACCGGUCUUUCCUCGUCUCCCACCGUAGUCACAGUGAAGCCAAGCGCUACAUACGCUUCAUCAUAUUUCCUCGUCUUAGCUUUCGGGAGACUUACGUUUGUCUCAGUAUCUCCGUCUCUCUCCGCCUUUCUUUUCAUCCCUGUUGAAUAUUUUUCCAUGGUGUCUCCUAAGGGUUUGUUAUCUGCACUUCAUAUCUCCUGCUCUGUGCUGUGUGCUCUUGUUCGGUGCAAAAAAAACCUACUCCCUGCGGCAAAGAAAAGCAUGUUCCCCGGGGUCACACGCGCCCCCCCGGCAUCGCUCGGCGCGCCCCACUAUUUGAGAAGGACUGGGUUAUGGUAUGGGCUGGCAUAAGCUAUGGACAACUAACACAAUUGCAAUUUAUCAAUGGCAAUUUUAAUGCACAGAGAUACCGUGACGAGAUCCUGAGGCCCAAUGCCGUGCCAUUCAUCCGCCGCCAUCACCUCAUGUUUCAGCAUGAUAAUGCAUGGCCCCAUGUUGCAAGGAUCUGUACACAAUUCCUGGAAGCUGAAAAUGUCCCAGUUCUUCCAUGGCCUGCAUACUCACCAGACAUGUCACCCAUUGAACAUGUUUGGGAUGCUCUGGAUUGACGUGUACGACAGCAUGUUCCAGUUCCCGCCAAUAUCCAGCAACUUCACACAGCCUUUGAUGUGGGACAACAUUCUACAGGCCACAAUCAACAGUCUGAUCAACUCUAUGCGAAGGAGAUGUGUCGCGUAGGCAUGAUUCAAAUGGUGGUCACACCAGAUACUGACUGGUUUUCUGAUCUGCGUAUCUGUAUUCCCAAUCAUGUGAAAUCCAUAGAUUAGAGCCUAAUUUAUUUAUUUCAAUUGACUGAUUUCCAUAUGAACUGUAACUCAGUAAAAUCUUUGAAACUGUUCCAUUUAUGUUUUUGUUCAGUGUAUAUCUUUUCAUAAUUUUUUAUGUUUAGCUCACAUAAUAUAAUUAAGUAUGCAUUAAGGUGUCUAAUAGAAUAGAUGUAUCAAAUGAAUGUAGACAUCAAUAAAUGCAUAUUUAUAGCUUCAAAUCUUUUCUACAAUGGAGGAGUGCCAAGAUGGCUUUGUCGGCUUCAAAACAGCACCCACUGUCAGUCACCCAGGGUUUAUACACAUUGGUUUGCACAUUUUAUAUUGUUCCCUCUGUUGAAGCCUUUUAGCUAGUUAGCUACUCCAGCCUUGGUGUUUUUCAGACACAGGUCCUCCGUCUUGUGUCCACACUACAAAACAUUCAAGCAGAAAAUAAUUGAAAAGGCGUGCGCUCUCACAGGUAACAGCGGACUUUAGGUCAAGGGUCAGCUUUUCCAAUCAACAUGUAAUAAGAUUACAAAAUUACCUGGUGAAUUAACCCAAACAAAUGCAUUUUUCCCCGUGUCAUUAAAAAUGCAACAAACUAGCUAUGUAUUUAAUUUGGAGGAUGAAAUCUCUUGAUUCCCCACCUCAUUUUCAAGUGUCCAAUUGAUAUUGAUGACUAUUAUUACAGGUGGAAGAACUGGUGGUGGAUAAUUGCCGCACCAGUGAUGGUGAAGUAGAGGGCCUGACAGAUGACUUCAAGGAGCUGGAAUUCCUCAGCAUGGUCAACGUUGGACUCACCUCCCUGGCCAAACUACCCUCGCUGCCCAAACUGCGCAAGGUGAAUAGGGAAGCCGGAUCCUUUUGAGCAAUCGAUUAUCUCAAUCAGAAUAAUUUAGUUAGCAGAAUUAUAAACCACUCUGGCUUUACUCCCAAUGACCAGUAUUUUGAUAUGGAUUACAUUUUUUUAAAUUCCAUAAUUUGCUGAUGAAUCAUUUAGAAAUUAUUUGUGUUCUUUCCUCAGUUGGAGCUGAGCGACAACAACAUCUCAGGUCAUUUGGAGACACUUUCAGAGAAGUGCCCCAACCUGACAUAUCUAAACCUGAGUGGCAACAAGAUCAAGGAGCUGAACAACGUUGAAGCCCUGGUUAGUAGAGUCGUUAACGCUACUCAGGGCCGGUUGUUAAGGCUACUUUUAGAACUCAGUCGGGGUCUCAACUUACUGUUGAGAGGUAGAAUACACAAGGUGCAGUUUUUGAAAUUUGGUUGUGCAUCAGCCAUGUCAGCUAACAAUUUUUAGAUUGUAAGAUAUUCUAGCCAGCUAUCUAAACUUGUAGUAAUCAUGGCCGAAUACCGACCGGGCAUGCACGACCCCUGCCCGGUAGUGGUGCGCGGGUCAGCUGUUUGUUCACCCGCAAUUGCUAAUAACCCAUCCGCAACUGCCCGACCUAUAUGUGAUAAAGUGAAAAUCUAUGGCCUGCACCCGAACCUAACCCGUUAAUAUAGAAAAAGCGCUGUAGGCUACUGUCAAAGACGGCAGAAUUUUUUUUUUUUUUACAGUGGGUGCAGUUUUUGUUGUUGCCUGAUUUAGAUAUGUUUCUAUUUAUAAUUUCCAACAUUUUGGUAGGCUAUUUUUAUUCAACUUUUCUAUAAUUAGAUACAGUGCAUUCGGAAAGUAUUCAGACCCCUUUACUUUUUCCACGUUUUACAUUUACAUUUACAUUUACAUUUUAGUCAUUUAGCAGACGCUCUUAUCCAGAGCGACUUACAGGAGCAAUUAGGGUUAAGUGCCUUGCUCAAGGGCACAUCGGCAGAUUUUUCACCUAGUCAGCUCGGGAUUAGAACCAGCGACCUUUCGGUUACUGGCACAACGCUCUUAACCACUAAGCUACCUGCCGCCCCAUUACAUUACAGCCUUAUUCUAAAAUUGAUUAAGUAGUUUUCUUCCUUCAUCAAUCUACACACAAUACCCCAUAAUGACAAAGCAAAAACAGGUUUGUAAUUUUUUUUUGCAAAUGUAUUAAAAAUAAAAACUUAAACUAUUUACGUAAGUAUUCAGACCCUCAAGGACAUUGAGACUUGUCCCGAAGCCACUCCUGCGCUGUCUUGGCUGUGUGCAUAGGGUUGUUGUCCUGUUGGAAGGUGAACCUUCGCCCUAGUCUGAGGUCCUGAGCACUCUGGAGCAGGUUUUCAUCAAGGAUCUCUCUGUGCUCUGUUCAUCUUUCCCUCGAUCCUGACUAGCCGCUGAAAAACAUCCCCACAGCAUGAGUCUGCCACCACCAUGCUUCACCGUAGAGAUGGUGCCUGGUUUCCUGCAGACGUGAUGCUAGGCAUUCAGGCCAAAGAGUUCAAUCUUGGUUUCAUCAGACCAGAGAAUCUUGUUUCUCAUGGUCUGAGAGUCCUUUAGGUGCCUUUUGUAUCAUUUUACUGCAAGAAAUGCAUAAUUCUUCAGGAGUUACUUAUUAAGGCUAUGUGAGCGGUUAUAGACCUACAGACAGUGUCCAGAUUUCAGUUUCCAUUUAACCCAUCUGAACUGUAGGCUACAGUUCCCUUGACAUGUUAUAGGCCUAUUUGAAGUCCCUGUCUUGUGACUAUAGAAUUUGUAUAGCGCCUCACAAUCAUCACACAUAACAUAGCCAGCACUUCUAUCAUCCACUUUUACCACUUCACCAAAUCCCCCCCCCCCCCCCCCCCUUGCCCUCAGAACAGCCUCAAUUCAUGUACUCUACAAGGUGUCGAAAGCGUUCCACAGGGAUGCUGGCCCAUGUUGACUCCAAUGCUUCCCAAAGUUGUGUCAAGUUGGCUGGAUGUCCUUUGGGUGGUGAACAAUUCUUGAUACACACGGGAAACUGUUGAGUGUGAAAAUCCAGCAGCGCUGCAGUUCUGGACACAAACCGGUGCGCCUGGCACCUACUACCAUACCCCGUUCAGAGGCAUUUAAAUAUUUUGCCUUGCCCAUUCACUCUCUGAAUGGCACACAUACACAAUCCAUGUCUCGAUAGUCUCAAGGCUUAAAAGUCCUUUAACCUGUCUCCUCCCCUUCAUCUACACUGAUUUGAAGUGGAUUUAACAAGUGAUAUCAAUAAGGAAUUAUAGCUUUCACCUGGUCAGUCUGUCAUGGAAAGAGCAGGUGUUCUUAAUCUUUUGUAUACUCUGUGGAAAUUGCACAAGAAUGAUGGUCACUAAAGAUCCCAUGGCACUUAUCGUAAGAGUAGGGGCGUUAACCCCGGUGUCCUGGCUAAAUUCCCAAUCUGGCCCUCAUACUAUCAUGAAAAAUUAAUGUUACAAUUAUGAAUUUCCGGUAUUGUUUUCUCUUUAUUCAACCAGCCUGCCAUCCACCCGCCCUUCAUCCACACAAUAUUUAAUGACCCUAAAGCCGUCCUCCCCACGGAUAUGACUGCAUGGACUGCGGGUUAUGAGUCAACCCGUGUAUUACUAGUGCCCCUGACAUCCAGGCGGCCCCCAUUUGACUUUGUGCAAAAAAUAUGGCAAAAUUGGUAGAAUUGCAGGAAAUGUGUUAUAAAAUUGCACCAUUUUCUCUCCGCCCCAGGACAAAAUCGGUACAUUCACAAGGAUAUACACUGCUCAAAAAAAUAAAGGGAACACUAAAAUAACACAUCCUAGAUCUGAAUGAAUGAAAUAAUCUUAUUAAAUACUUUUUUCUUUACAUAGUUGGAUGUGCUGACAACAAAAUCACACACAAAUUAUCAAUGGAAAUCAAAUGUAUCAACCCAUGGAGGUCUGGAUUUGGAGUCACCCUCAAAUUUAAAGUGGAAAACCACACUACAGGCUGAUCCAACUUUGAUGUAAUGUCCUUAAAACAAGUCAAAAUGAGGCUCGGUAGUGUGUGUGGCCUCCACGUGCCUGUAUGACCUCCCUACAACGCCUGGGCAUGCUCCUGAUGAGGUGGCGGAUGGUCUCCUGAGGGAUCUCCUCCCAGACCUGGACUAAAGCAUCCGCCAACUCCUGGACAGUCUGUGGUGCAACGUGGUGUUGGUGGAUGGAGCGAGACAUGAUGUCCCAGAUGUGCUCAAUUGGAUUCAGGUCUGGGGAACGGGCGGGCCAGUCCAUAGCAUCAAUGCCUUCCUCUUGCAGGAACUGCUGACACACUCCAGCCACAUGAGGUCUAGCAUUGUCUUGCAUUUGGAGGAACCCAGGGCCAACCGCACCAGCAUAUGGUCUCACAAGGGGUCUGAGGAUCUCAUCUCGGUACCUAAUGGCAGUCAGGCUACCUCUGGCGAGCACAUGGAGGGCUGUGCGGCCCCCCAAAGAAAUGCCACCCCACACCAUGACUGACCCACCACCAAACCGGUCAUGCUGGAGGAUGUUGCAGGCAGCAGAACGUUCUCCACAGCGUCUCCAGACUCUGUCACGUCUGUCACGUGCUCAGUGUGAACCUGCUUUCAUCUGUGAAGAGCACAGGGCGCCAGUGGCGAAUUUGCCAAUCUUGGUGUUCUCUGGCAAAUGCCAAACGUCCUGCACGGUGUUGGGCUGUAAGCACAACCCCCACCUGUGGACGUCGGGCCCUCAUACCACCCUCAUGGAGUCUGUUUCUGACCGUUUGAGCAGACACAUGCACAUUUGUGGCCUGCUGGAGGUCAUUUUGCAGGGCUCUGGCAGUGCUCCGCCUGCUCCUCCUUGCACAAAGGCGGAGGUAGCAGUCCUGCUGCUGGGUUGUUGCUCUCUUACGGCCUCCUCCACGUCUCCUGGUGUACUGGCCUGUCUCCUGGUAGCGCCUCCAUGCUCUGGACACUACGCUGACAGACACAGCAAACCUUCUUGCCACAGCUCGCAUUGAUGUGCCAUCCUGGAUGAGCUGCACUACCUGAGCCACUUGUGUGGGUUGUAGACUCCGUCUCAUGCUACCACUAGAGUGAAAGCACCGGCAGCAUUCAAAAGUGACCAAAACAUCAGCCAGGAAGCAUAGGAACUGAGAAGUGGUCUGUGGUCACCACCUGCAAAACCAGUCCUUUAUUGGGGGUGUCUUGCUAAUUGCCUAUAAUUUCCACCUGUUGUCUAUUCCAUUUGCACAACAGCAUGUGAAAUGUAUUGUCAAUCAGUGUUGCUUCCUAAGUGGACAGUUUGAUUUCACAGAAGUGUGAUUGACUUGGAGUUACAUUGUGUUGUUUAAGUGUUCCCUUUAUUUUUUUGAGCAGUGUAUGUGGCUGUGCAUGCCACCCUUGACUUGGAGAGAAUUUGUUAAGGGUUGUCUGAUAAGAUGUUGUGCUCUAACCUCUGCUUUCUAAAACCAUAGCAAAAUCUGAAGAACCUGAAGAGCCUGGACCUGUUUAACUGUGAGAUCACCACACUGGAGGAGUACCGGGAGAGCAUCUUCGAGCUGCUGCCUCAGGUCACCUACCUGGACGGCUUCGACCAGGAGGACAACGAGGCCCCUGACUCGGAGGCAGACGACGAUGGUGAGCAUGGCUACCACAACACAACAUGGUGCUGUUAGUGAUAUUUCAGCGGAACUUUCUUGAACAAAGUACUUCUUCAUUCAUAGAUGAUGAUGAGGGGGAGGACGGAGCCGGACCCACAGGGGAUUAUGAGGAUGAAGAUGAGGAUGAGGAGGGCUCGGAAGGAGGAGAGGUUGGGCUCUCCUACCUGAUGAAGGAAAAGAUCCAGGUGAGACAACUGGAAUAUUGGUCAUGUUUUAUCGGAACGUCAUAAUGUUUUAUUUCUGAACACGUGAGUCAACGCUUAAUUAAAUAAUCUUAACCAUCCCCCUCCACACACAGGACGAAGAGGAUGAUGAUGACUACGCAGAGGAGGAGGAAGAAGGUGAGAACAAGAAUUGUUGUGUUGACCUGUCACUAGUAAUCAAACCCAAGUACAUGGACUCUAGCCUGGAAGUGGCAGAUAUGUUUGUCUGA